AUGGGUAACAACGGGAAUUUAUCGAAGGCGGAAUUAUUUAUUCAGAAUCUUAAUGCUAAUAAUGCCAAAAAACUUGCAUUCGCUAUGGUGCUUGGAUUUGUUGUGUAUCAUACAUUUCUUCACAUGCGCUAUGGAUCUGACUCAUGUAAAUGGCUACUGAGCGCCGGCCGUUUCAAAGGAGAUAAGGAAUGGCAACCUUACGGGUGUAUGCUGCAUAAGUACACAGAGACCGAUACCCGUAAAUGCCUGCGUUAUCUAGCGUUCUGGGGGAAUCAAAACCACUUCGUUCUCAUAGGAGAUGAGCGUUUGAGAACGCUUUCGCUGGAAUUUAUCGAUUAUCUGAGAUCGAGCGAAACCGAAAAUAUCUCGAAGCAUUCUUCCUCCAAAAACACGGAAAAUGUUCAAUUUACAGAUUACAAGUUAAGAUUGCGUGUGGAAUAUAUCUACGCCAAUGAAGUAUCCAAAAGCUUGAUUGAUGAAUUUAUGAAGUGGGAACAUGAAGAGGAUCCGCCCAGUCUGAUCAUUGCCAGCUGCACCUAUCCCACCUUCCAGAGGGGCAACGUGACUGAGGAAACGCAGAAAGCGUUUGAAAAAAAUCUAACGCGCUUAGUUAACCCGAUCGACCGACUGUUUGCUAAGAAAACGAAAAUUAUCUGGAAGCUGCAGGAUCCCGUCGAUCAGGAAAGCUCUACCGAUGAGUGGAAAAACGUGCACAAUGAGGAUGUCGACCGGGUAAAUCAAGCGGCGAGCAAUAUUUUGCGCUAUUCGGAAGCAAAGAUAUGGUCCUCAUCGAACAUGAUCGCGUCUGGAUUGGUGGACGAAUUCGCCGACGGACAAAAACUGAGCUCGCUCGCUUUGAAGCACGACGUACAAAUAUUACUCAAUAUGUACUGCAACGAUUACAUGAACUACAACGACGGAACGUGUUGCAGCAGCGCUGAACCAUACACGAUCAUUCAAGUGACGACAUAUGCGUUUUUAGCGGUUUGUGCAAGCAUCGCUAUUGCCAUGUACCUACGAAAGUGGUUUGUAAAACUGCGUGGCAUCCACGCUUACAUGCCACUGAAUCAAACCACCGAAACACAGUCCCCGAUUUUGGCUCUAGCAUCGCUUGCUGUUAUCAUGACGUACUUUUAUCUCUGCGAUCGUACGAAUUUCUUCAUGAAGGAGAACAAAUAUUAUUCCGAGUUUAGUUUUUGGAUUCCGGUCGGGUACGUGUUCGCCCUCGGGUUGUUCUUCACCGAGGAUAGCAAGCUAACGCAGGUGUUGCACCGUGAUCAAACGGACGAACUGAAGGGCUGGAUGCAGAUCGUCAUCCUGAUCUACUAUAUGACCGGUGCGUCGCACAUCCUGCCCAUCUACAUGCACAUCAAGGUGCUCAUUAGCGGCUUUUUGUUUCUCUCCGGGUAUGCGCACUUUACUUACUGGUGGCAGACGGGCAACGCAGGUUUGGUUCGCUUUUUAAAUGUCAUGUUCCGGGUGAACUUUCUCACCGUUAUCCUGUGCUUGUGCAUGAACCGUCCAUACCAGUUUUACUUUUUCGUGCCGUUGCUCUCCUUUUGGUACAGCAUCAUGUACUUAAUGCUUUCGUUGCCACCGCGCAUCACUGCCCAAAGCACGGAAGCCAAUCCGUACCAGUAUCUGUAUGUGGUGGUAAAAUUCGUCACGAUGUUAGCAACCGUCACGGUGCUGUACAUGAGUGAGGUGUUUUUCGAACGCAUCUUCGUCACCCGCCCCUGGAAGGCACUGUUUGUGACAACGGAUGACGAUAUCCAUGAAUGGUGGUAUCGAUGGAAGCUGGACCGGUAUACCAUCACGUACGGUAUGAUAUUUGCUGCCAUCUUUCAAAUUUCGCAACGCUUUGCCGUGGUGGACGACAACAACCAUGGCAAUUUGUUCUCGAAACGAAUUUCACUCACCUCGACGCUAGCUGCCAUCACCGGCAUUGGAUGCUACAUGACCUGGACGUUCUUCUGCCGCAAUCGGCAGGACUGCGAAGAGGUGCACUCGUACGUGGUGUUCAUCCCGAUCGUGGGUUACAUCCUGCUUCGUAACAUCUCUGGAAUUUUGCGCACCCGUUACUCUACGUUUUUUGCAUGGUUCGGAAAGAUCUCGCUGGAGUUGUUCCUUUGCCAGUAUCAUAUUUGGUUGGCAGCCGAUCGGAACGGUGUGCUGGUGUUGCUGCCCGGUUUCCCCACGCUAAACGUUCUGAUAACGUCGUUCAUUUUCGUUUGCGUAUCUCAUGAAAUCCAUCGUGUCACUACGGUGCUGCUGCCGUAUGCGGUUCCGAAUGACUGGAAGCUCGCUCUUAGGAAUAUUGUGUUCUUCGUGAUACUGCUCAUUCCCCUUGGUCGGUAUGAUGGAAUGUUUUAAGUAUUGUGAAGGUGAUAUGUUUAGCAAACACCACCCGACCUCAGCGCACACCAAACAAAUUGGCGAUUGGCGAAGUAGAAUGCUAAUUAUGAAAA